CCUUCAUAAGUCGCCCCAGAAACCCUAGUCUUCUUCGCGCCGUAUCUGCUUCAACAGAACGUGCACACAACAGGACUCGGACAUAUUAAUGGUUGUUCAUGUUUUGAUGAGUGGUGUGGUGUACGAUUGUAACCGUUGUGUUUUGCUUCUGUUCUGAAACUAGUAGUUGAAUAGCACCUCUUUUAGAUCAUUGAAUUUUUCUAUGGGUGAGGAGGUUAAGGCUAUUGUUCCAGAGUCUGUGUUGAAGAAGCAGAAGAGGGAAGAGGAAUGGGCAUUGGCCCAAAAACAGGAGCUUGAAGUUGCUAAGAAGAAGAGAACAGAGAGCCGUAAGUUGAUUUUCAACAGAGCCAAGCUGUACGCCAAGGAGUAUGAGGAGCAAGAGAAGGAAUUAAUUAGAUUGAAACGUGAGGCAAAGCUGAAAGGUGGAUUUUAUGUUGAUCCGGAAGCUAAACUUUUAUUUAUUAUUCGCAUCCGUGGUAUUAAUGCCAUGCAUCCAAAGACUAGGAAGAUCUUGCAGCUCCUGCGAUUGAGACAGAUCUUCAACGGUGUAUUCCUUAAAGUUAACAAAGCCACAAUGAACAUGCUGCACAGAGUUGAACCUUAUGUGACUUAUGGAUACCCAAAUCUUAAGAGUGUCAGAGAACUUAUUUACAAGAGGGGUUAUGGUAAGGUCGACAAGCAGAGAGUUGCCUUAACUGACAACUCCAUCAUUGAGCAGGCUUUGGGCAAACACGGAAUCAUUUGCGCUGAGGAUCUAAUCAAUGAGAUCAUCACAGUUGGGCCUCAUUUUAAGGAGGCCAACAACUUCCUUUGGCCAUUUAAACUCAAGGCACCUUUGGGUGGACUGAAGAAGAAGAGAAAUCACUAUGUUGAAGGAGGCGAUGCUGGAAACAGAGAGAAUUACAUAAAUGAGCUCAUCAGAAGAAUGAACUAAGACUGUACUAAUGUUUGUUUAUUGGUCUUUUUAGUUUCUUGUCUAAAAUUUUGGAAUGCGGAUGGUAAAUCAUUUUGCUAUGAUCAAGUUGAUUUUUGGUUUUCUUUUCAAUGUGAGAAUUUUGAAUGGCCUUUCAAUGUGUUAUAACGAACGUUAAGCUCAUGCUCAUAAUCCAAGUGUUUUCGUUGUUAUUAA